AAAACAGAAUUAUGUGGAGAAACAAUAAUUGUGCUACUUUCUCACAUACCAGAAUGUCUUGAUGUGGCCAAAAAAAUACAAAUCUAUUGUUUUAUUCAUAUUAAUUAGUUUGGAGAUUAACAAUACGGACAGUUUUGAUGUAAAAACUUGAUAGCAGUGGAGUGAGUCACCAAGUUUGUGGGGUAAUUAUCAAAUCUAGAAAAUGAACAGAUGUUUGACAUGAUAUCCUUACUGUAUGUCCCUUAUGACAUUAAGCAUGGUUACGGUGUAUCCUCCUCUUUACCGACAUUAGAAAUGGUGAUUUCUAUGAAAAGGAUUGGUAUGCAAAGGAAAAAGUCAGCAGUCCCUUUAAAAGUGGUGUCUAUCCAAACAAAAGGCUUUUGUGUUAUAUUUCACAGAUAAGUUGAAAGUUGUUCAUGUGAACACAUCAACUUUGCCAUAAAAAUCUAUUCAGCUGACGCUUGAGUCACGUCAACAUGCUGACAAGAGUGUGAUCAUUGCAGUAGUGACCCAUUGGACGCAUUAAAAUAAAACCCAGCUCUAAAAUGUACAGCUCUGAUUUCUGAGAAGUUGUCAGCACAUCUGAGAGGCAUCACAAAUACAGACCACAUGUAACCACACCAUCCCAGGUCUGCUACACCAAACGACUUGACUUAAUGCUGUUUUAAUAGACUCAGAAACCUUCUUCGGGUAAGUGUUUGUUGGCUGAACAGGGGUCUUAACCUGAAUCAUGUGGACAUACUGUAGCUUCACCCUCACUUGCCUGUGUCAUUAUUGAGGCGUGCUCUCUUCACAGACAAAUCCAAGUACACUAUACUGGACAGAUGGAAGCCAGCAGGUAGGCAAUUGCAUUGGCAAGAAGAUACGAGAUACACAAUUCCUGAAAAAAAAAUGAAAAUUUUGCUUGGGCAAUAUAUUUACCCCAGAUUACCUGCUGAGCAUGUUUGCUUAUCAUCACAUAACCAAUUUCUAUUAGAGAGAGUCCUCUGGCUACAAACGAGUUCUGUUCCUAUACUGGUAAUGUAAUUGGAUUUCGUUGUAAGUCGGAUUUCACCAUUAAAGUCAGAAUUUACGUCAAAAUACUUUUUGUGUAAAAACAAAUACAUUGAAAUAAAAAGAAUAAGAUGCUGUACUUACUAUUACUGGUCAGAGGUGAAUGGAGAAGAAAAAGGGGAGGCCAUGCUUAGCAAUUGCAAAGGAAUCUGUUCCUCAAUCCAGAACGUAAGUAGCCUCUCCAUCUUGACAAGUAUAAAAAAAAAACGUUUUGUGAUCACUGUAUCAGACAUGGCAAUGGAACCCUUCACAUGCGCUAGAAUACGGGCUUUGUCAACUGACUGAAGCCAAGCUCUUCACCAAUGUUCCUCGGUGUCUCUCCUAUCUCCGAUCUUUUUAUGCUCUUGAGCUUCGUUUCCAUGGUAAUUAAUUUUCUUUGGAUUCUAUAAGCAUUGCUAAAAGACACAGCUUUCUUCAUUGGGCCUUAUGUCUCACAAGGAGGGCAAAAAAUUCGAAGAUACUCCCGGUGCACAAACAUGGACGAGAAUUAUGCACGUUAGCUAGACAAGAUACUGGAUGGGUGUUGUAAAGUCUAAACGUUUUCCCUGUACUUUGCAUAGGUGUAAAGUGUGAUCUUUUCUUGUGUUCAGUUCACCUGUGUCUUGGCGACAGGUACAGUUAAGCCAAAUGUAAAUUAAUAUCCAUUGAGUCGGUCUCGGCGGCACAGUGGCAGAUAUGUAGAGUGUUGUUCUCACAGUUCUGAGGACUGGGGUUCAAACUCCAGACUCCCCCUGUGUGGAGUUUGGAUGUUCUGCCCGUGCUUGUGUGGGGUUUCUCCAGUCACUCCGGUUUCCUCGCACAUCCUAAAGACAUGCAACAUUAAUUGGACACUCUAAAUUGCCCCUAGGUGUGAUUCUGAGUGUGACAGACAACAUGUCUGUAUCCAUGUGCCCUACGAUUGGCUGGCAACCAGUUCAGGUUGCACUCCGCCUCCUGGCAGUUGACUGCUGGGAGAGGAUCCAGCUUUUCAUUUAUCUUUUCAUUUAUCCCUGUGAGCAUAAGCAGGUAAGAGAAUUGAUGGAUGGAUAUUUAUUAACGCAUGCUGUUCUUCAAAGUGUAAGUAACUGGACCUCCCAACUAGCCAACGCCACUGCAUUUUCAAAAGGCUUUUUCAGAAGUUAAAGUGCGUUUUAUUUUUUUUCUCGCAUUAUAAUGACAUUUACAAGUUUCAAGACAAGUUCCACUCAGCUUACACAUUCAGUCAAUCACACUUUUUUGGCAUUUCAUUUUUGGCCUACGUGCAGUGGGUGCAUCAAGAGUCUGGAUGAGGAGGAUAAAUGAAAAGCUUGCAGAAAGGGUUUCUGCACAAACGUGACAACAGAGCCCCCUUAUCCAUAUUAACAUUCUAAAUCGAGUUUUUUUAAUGCUUUAGUUUGGAAGAUUCUGAGGUUUGAUAAUACUGUAUUUUUUAAGAAUUGCAUCAGAACUAAAUGAAAUGAAACAUUUUCCAACUGAAAAAGGGAAGCAGUGGCAAAUAGUUUUAAUCAUAUCACUAUCAAGAUUUACAGUUUUUUCAAAAAUAUACUUUCUUGUGUCGUUUCGAGAGUGAUGAUACCAAUUCAAUAAAUGAAACAUUACUAAAAAUGUAGCCAAAGUUUGAAUAACUAUAGCAUCUAUUUGAUAUGCAUUUAUUAUUAUGAAUUCUGAAUGAUUUUUAUUUGAGACAAAGUAGUCAAUAAUAGUUUUAAUUAUAUUAUGCAGUAAGAAAUCCUACUUUCCAAUUAUUGCCUUGUUACAGUGCCUACUUAUAUGAGUUUCACAAUCUUUUUUUUUUUUUGAGAACAUUAUACUAUUCAAAACGUCUUUUUAGCACAAAUUAAUGUGGGACAGACAUCCUUGUGGAAUGUAUCUGAAAUGUAAUGGCAAAGAAAAUGUUUGUCAAAUGGUGUAAGAUCCUUCCAAGGCAAGGUUCGUAUGUUUCUUUGUAAAAAGGAGGUAGCAACCAGGGGCUAGAUCCCCUUUGGCAUUUUCUGAAGCUCCUGUAUCUCCUUUGUGAUAAUCAGAACCUCCAAAACUGAUACUAUAGCUUCAUCUUAUCUUCCAGUCAUGUACGGGUAUGUGUGCGGUUGUAUGUGUGGUAUUCGAGAUUGCAAGCUUGAGGAACGGGACCAAAAUUUAGCUGAAUUGUUGCUUUCGUUUUUAUAUUGGAAUGUUUUCGAUUAAACUUAAUUUGGGGAUAACUUAAAAAAAAAAAAACACAUUUGUUGAAGUGAGAUGGCCAUUUAGCCAAUCUUGGACAGUGCACACUUUUCAGAGCAAGCACUAUUUAAUAAAUUCCCAAGAUAAGUAUGGCUAGUCACUCAUUAGUGACACUGAUGAUGGGCCACCAAGGGAGGUGACAAUAUAAGACGCUGAUAAAUGUGAGGCUCCCCCAAAGCAGAAGACAUACUCUGUUGCUCCCACCCACACAAAUUUACAGAAGUUAAAAACAGUCAGUCUUUGCUUAUUUUUCUUCUUCUUUUUCAAGCUGCUGAAGGCCUCUUGGACCGGUUCAGCUCACAAGAGUAAUAUACGUCAAUAUAAAUAGCAACCCUGUACAAUAAGAAAGAGAGCGGGACAUGUUUUGGUUAUCGUUAAAUGAGAGGAAAUUUUGAAACAUUGUGCAAUGGUGCUGCGAAGGUUUUGAAAGGUUGUGAGAGAUUUUGUCUGCAAGGUGUCUUUGAGCCCACUCGUUGGAGAAGAAGCCCCAAUGUUGCAUCCCUACAGAAUGGAGAGUUAUCUCAUUGCACCUUCCUCAGAAGAUAUGUAUGAUCCAGAGAUCUACAGACAAAUUCCAGAAUAUUAUAGUCCAUAUGUUCUGGACACAGAGAUACAGGCAGAUCACUGGGAUUAUCACCAGCACACUCACGUACACCCUGUUGAGUUUGAAAACCUCCCAGAGACAAACUUCACAGAAUUGCAGAGCGUGCAGGCCCUGCACCCGCCCGGUCUAAUCCGACACGAGGUCAUGCGCUACGAUGCAGAAAAUCUCCUGGAUCCAAACCUUGGGGCGCAUACUCAUAUGUUACAGCAACCAGUAACAUUCUUCCCACGGACUGUGUACCCCACACACGUGUCCCAGCACAGCACUGAUGAUGAAGAACAUGGACGUCAAAGUCCCCCCCUAGAAGUGUCUGAUGAGGAGUGCCUUCGUGAUCAAGUUCCUUACGUCAUACCUGGAGAGAUGGGCAACAAAAAGAAGAUUCGUUUAUAUCAGUUCCUGUUGGAUCUUUUACGAAAUGGCGAUAUGAAGGACAGCAUCUGGUGGGUGGACAGAGAAAAAGGAAUGUUCCAGUUUUCAUCCAAACACAAGGAGGCUCUCGCACACCGUUGGGGAAUCCAAAAGGGCAACCGUAAAAAAAUGACCUAUCAAAAGAUGGCGCGGGCUUUGCGCAACUACGGCAAAACUGGAGAGGUAAAAAAGAUCAAGAAGAAACUGACGUACCAGUUCAGUGAUGAGGUCCUUGGGAAGAGUUAUUUGGAGAGAAAGCCAUAUAUGUAGGCAGACAACAGAAUUAUGCUAAAUACAGUUAAUGUUACCAUCUGACCUUCGGUUCCUGGUGUAACUGUCAACUCGAUGUUAACAUUCCUUGUAAAUAGCAGUAGAAAUAGAAGCAACCAUCGUGAAAGCUGUUUGGAAAGAGCAUACUGGCUUACACUGUGAUUAUCUUAUUUCUCACAGCACAAAAUAGUGUGUAAAAAUACUCUGUAAAGAUUAGUUAAUCCAGUAACUGCCAUCCCUGUCUACUGCUUUUGCCAUUCUGAGACAUGGGAAAGUUGGAGUGAGUUAUUUGUGUGUACAGCAAAGUAUCAUUGUGGAAAUAAAUUAGUGCCUUUAUAUUAAAUAUGUAACCUGUUAUUUAAAGACAAUAGAUUAAGGAAGGGACUGAUUUACCAGAAUAUUUGUUCCAAGUGAGAUUUUUGUAUUAUAGUAUAAAACUGUCGAAUCACUGAAAAAUGCAUUAAACAUUUAUUUCAUGACACAAUUAAAUGUGAAUGCCACGUU